UUUCAAAGUUUUACUGGUUCCGCAAUCUUUAACCUACUUGCCUUUGCGCCACCCGCCGUCGCCAAAUUAAGCUCCAGCGAGGUGGUCAUAACUAAUAUAUACACAUAUAUCGGUAUCAUUGUUGAGGUAAUGAAUGAUGGUAUUCCGCGUUCUGCGUGGCUGAUUAUUGGAGACAAAUCAUCGCGAAGCCUGCACUCACGGCUAAACCUUGCCUGGACCAUGAUCAUUCUUACAGCUAUCUUUGUCCCGGCUGAAGUGCGACAUGCAUCGCUUGCCUAUAUACGCUGGUCCUCUAUCCAAGGCCUGACAUCCGCGACCGAAGCGGCGAUCUCUUCCUCAACCAGAGCGCUGGAUAAACCGGACAUCCCUUUGAUAAUCAGCGCGAGCAAGUUUUUGAUCAAUAUCGUGUUAGAUUUCCUACUGGUAUCAACGUUCCGUGUUGGAAAAUUUACGCCAACCAUUGUAACACAGGCUAUUAUUCGAUUAACUUGCGACAUAUUGUCGGUGAUGGUAGGACUUCUUUACUUUGUUUGUGUGGUUGUGAAGCGCAAGAAAAGAGAAGCCGAUGGCCACGGAAACUUGAAAAUAAGCCUCGAUGCACUGAAAACAUUAGUUCGGCCAAGUUUAUACACAUUCGGCAAAAUAGUUCAGCUUGGAGAUCUCUAUGCUACGGCCUGGGGAAAUUUUACCACAAUCCGCUGGGGGCUCAUAAUGGUCCCUGUUCAGGCUCUUGAAGCGUCAACUUUGGCUUUCGUCAGGUAUAAUUGGGGUUAUUUUCGAGCAACACAGCAAAUAGAAUACCCUAAGGCCACUAGAGCGGAAGUUUUCGCUAUUAUUCGACCAGCGCUUUUAUCCUGCGGAAUUGUCAUGGUUUUCGAAACUACCGUGUGUAUUGCGCUAUCUAUACAUGGGAUACAAUCUUUCGCUCUUUAUUUAUCUGCUUUGAACGAUGUGACGGCUGUCACCCAAAGAAUAUGGAAGGCCAUUGACUGGACCUACAUCUUUUACGGACUCAACUACCAACUUGGGGCUGUUUUACUCGUAGCUUCACUCGGUGGUAUCUAUACCAAGCACUCAGCUCAAACUUAUGCUGGAUGCUUCCUUGGGCCAUCGUUUUCAUUGGCUUGGACGUACUAUGUAGUCAUUUUUGGAGACGCACUUGUGUUUGAUCUUCUUGGUGUUGGAGUGACGCUACUCAUUUGGAUUUACAGGCUUUCCAGAGGGAAAUUAAGGGCUCGCUCGCAUAUUGAAUAUCAUUGA